ACCAACUCUGUGUAUUGCUGUGUGUGUUGUGCAGGAGCUACAGUGUGGUGAAUGUGGAGAAGGGGCAGAUGGAAGUGAAGAGGAUGAGCUGUGCAGGCAGCAGGGUCAGCUGUCAGAUGAAGAUGGGUAACAUUCUAUGGAUGGCCACUGAGGAGCAGGAGAUUUUCAUCUACAGUCUGAAGGAUAUGUGUCCGCUCAGCCAGCCCCAGAAACACUUUUCCUGUCCAGCCAUCAUCACCUGCCUGCUCCCUGUUCCAGCCCAAGAACAGAGUCUGGCCAGAGUGUUUGCGGGGAUGUCUGACGGCCUGGUGGCAGUGUACAGCCUGCUGGAGGACCUCCCUCUGGAGGGGGAGACCUACCUGUGCUCACACACCCUCAACAGGACGCUGUUCUCCCUGAAGGACUCGGACCCCAGGCAGAGGCCCUACCCAGUCAGCAGCAUGGUGCUGGUCAGUAGGGGAUCCCAGUUAUGGCUCUCCAAUGGUCCAGGCGUGCUGGUCAUUGACUGUCUGAGUCUUCAGGCUGUUCGAAGGCUCGAUCCCUACAGCCCGCCGUCCUCCAUUGUAUCCAUGACAACAAGCUUCAGCCUAUGGGGAGAGGAGGCGGUGUGGACACUGGACGACCACGCGAACACGCUGCUGCUCUACCACGCCACCUCCUACCAGCUCUGUGCCCACUACAGGUGA